CUCACCACUCGCCCCGAGUUCCUAACAAACUAGUGUGUAGUAGAGAGAAUCUGUAGUGAGUUGCACUCUUGUUCGAUUGAAACAAGAUAUCCGCGUAAGAGUAAACCCUUUCCGAAACGAAUAUUUCGCGUGUUCCAAUCACACGUUCUCUAACUUCACGUCACAUACUACACAGCGCACAAUAUCUGUGUAACACAACUGUGCGUCAUUUUCCAUCCUUCGUCACAACUUCCUGAAUCAAUCGUGCAAAACAAUCUGCUGAUGAUCGAACAAUGGACAAUCCAAUAAUCGAAAGUCCAAAAAUCGAGGAUGAAGAAGAAACAGCCAAGCCGGAAAAUGAUACAGAGACCGAAGUUGUUUCAUGCUCAACGUCGAUAGAGGCUUCUCCUUCGAUCGAUUACGAUGCAAAAAAAUUAGCGAGGGAUGCCAAAGCAAAGCGGAAAGAUGAAAAAACCGUGCAACAAGUUCUCAAAUCAUUGGACAGCCUCAAAACGCCUCAAGAUAAAUUAUCUGCCAUGUGCAAAAAGUAUUCAGAUUUGUUGCAUGAGAACCGACAAUUACAGGCCACGGUAAAACAAUCGGAGAAAAAUAUAAAUAUGAUACAUCGAGAAAAAGAACAGUUCAGGCACGAAAGAUCCAAAGCCGUCCUGGCCAAAAUGAGGUUGGAACAAUUAUGCAGAGAAUUGCAAAAAUUGAACAAAGCUCAAUUGGAAGAAACCGCUCUGAAACUUCGAGUAGAGGAAGAAAAAAGGAAAGAAAUAUGCUUCACUUUUCAAAGCGCUUUCGCAGAGAUGAAUACCCUGACCAAUCAGAACAACGAGAAAAGCGCCAAGAUGAGAGAAGAAAAUUUAGAAAUGAGAGAGAAAAUCAAAUCUGUUCGCGAAGGCAUCGAAUUGACCGAGGCCCAAUUGGACAAAGUUAGACAACAAUCUAGACUGGAACUUGAAUUGGCAGAAAAAAAAUAUCUGAGGAGUACUUUGGAACUUACUGCUGAAAAGGAGGCUUUGAAACAGGACAAGAAACAGUUGCUUCUGAAAUUGGCCGAAUAUCAUGUCCGAAUCAAAGAGCACGAAGUGAGAGAACAAUAUCUUACGAAGCAAAUAAUGAAUUCUCAAGAAAAGUUCGAAGAGCUGAAACGAGAUUUCGAAACGACGUUUGAAUUUUCAAAAAAUUUUCGACCGGAAUCGAAAGAGAUGAAAAAAAAGAUGUUGCGAUUGGAAAAGGAGACUGCUUUAUGGAAAUUACGAUGGGAAAAGACGAACGCGGCAGUCGUUCAAAUGGCGGAAAUAAAAGAUAAGCGAGACGCCGAAAUGAUUACUUUGAGUAACAAAUUGGCGACUUUGCAAGAGUUGUGUAAAGUUUUUCAGCGAGAGAGAGCAUCUUUGAUAGCGCAAUUACGUGAUAAAAAUGAGAGUGUUCAGCAGGUUGAUCGUAAAGCAUUGGCGGACGAGAAUCGCAAAGCGAUGAAACAGUUCGAGAUUAUAUCGAAGGAUUGUGAAAAAUUGCGCGAUAAUUUGCCCAAGUUGGAAGGUUCGUUUUCGGAGGUAAUGCGCGAAGCUUUUCGGGCUACAUCUUACGACGAUGACUCCAACGAUUCCACCAAGGGAAACAAGAAAAUGAGCAAAAAGUUGAAAAACGAAGCUCGCAAAAAGUCAAACAAGAAGAAAGAGGAAACGAGCACGACAAACGACGAGGUCAAAGAGGAGAAGCCUGCGGAUUCAGAAAAAUUCGAUAGUACCCUCCUGGACAAAGGCGCUGUUGGUUGUGGAAUUUCGGAUUUUGAAACUGCCCUCGAUCGUAACGAGUCCGUUUUCAAAGACAUAGAAAAAGUUCUCGCUGAACAGGCAGAAUUGCAGGCCAAAAUAGCCUGCGUCAAAGAAAUGGAGAAAGCAAUCGCUGAUGGUGAUGAUCUGGUAGGCCAAAUUCAAUUGGACAACGAAAGCGUUGAAUUGUCCAAAAUUUCUUCCCUAGAAUCGGAGACACCGAAAAGCUUGACGUUUAACGAUGAGCCAGCAGUUUUAGAAAUAACAGAAAUACUCGAGAACUCUACAAUUCUGAGCACCGAAGCGAACAAGGCAGAAAAAGUCUUGCAAGUUUCUGAAAUCGAUGGAUGCGAUCUCGAUGCUGCAACGUGCGAACCUGUGGCAACGGAAUUGAAUGGUGAACCAGAAAUUAAAAACAAAGCAACGAUCGAAGAAUCUACGGGUAUUCUUUCGUCGUGUGUUGAUUUAGAGCCGCUCGCAAUCGAGUCUGAAUCCGAAGACACUGAACUUAUGAUCACUGAAAUUCAGUCGGAUAGCGAGGAAAAGGAAUUAAACGGAGCAGAAGUUGGGAGAUUCGUUGAUUCGAGUCUGGAGGACGUAGGAAGUAUUUCGAAAACUGAGAAACUCUCAUCGACCAUUGAAGUGCCGGAAACAACAAUUCAUUCGCAGAGUAAUCGAGUGCUCGAAAUAAAAGAAAACGUUAUAGAAACUUAGCAAAUCAACGAUCAGCUCCGAACACUAAUAGUUCUCCUUGUUACAUUUUUACAAAAGAAAACAAUCGGAAACACACAUAUUUACGGAAUUUUCAGCGCGUUUCAUUGACCCCAAUCGAUUAGAAAAAAACUGAAAAAAGUUUAUGCAUGCGCGAGACAUUUUUCCAUCAGUCUGUCCUGGUUUAGUUUAGUCAUUUGCUUAUUAGGCUGGGUCAAAAAAAUCGACUUUAUUUUUUUUUUGGAUCCGACACAGAAAAACUAGUUUCUAGGCACUUUUAGAGAGUACUCAUCAAAAAUGAGUAUCUCUAAAGAUCCCUCUACCAUAUUUUUGUAGGAAAUUGAACGCUCUACAAAAAAGACCUCUUGCACUUUUUUCAUUAAUCUAACCAUUUACUGGAUAUUCAGGAUUAAAGGUGGAAGAAUUUAUUGAAAAAAUUUUGUUUGUUUAUUUUCAGUUUGGUUACUUACUAAAAAAUAAUUGUCAAAUGAGUAUGGCAUAUUUCCGUAGGAAAUUAGACACUCUGCAGAAAAGCUUAAUCAAAAGAUAAGAUGUAAAUUAGAAGCUGUUAUUCUAUCGAAAUGGACGCAAAUUUUUAUGAAUAUUCUCAAAAUUCAUGAAUUAUAUGGGUAAAUUGAAAACAGUUAUUAAAAAACUAUUAAAAUCGGUACGCAAAAUCGGGAUUCGAAUACGAAUGUAUGCUAAACAGUUAUAGUAAUCGAUUAAACCAAAGCAAGCUUUUUUGUAGAUCGUUUAAUUUCUUGAGGAAAUAUGCUCUACUUAUUUGACAAUAAUUAUUUUUCAGUAUGUAACCAAACUGAGAAUAAAAAAUAAAAAAAAUUCAAUAAAUUCUUCAACCUUUAACCCCGAACAUCCUGUAAAUGGUUAGAUUAAUGAAAAAAGUGUAAGACGUCUUUUUUGUAGAGCGUUCAAUUUCCUACAAAAAUAUAGUAGAGGGAUCGGUUUAACAAUCGAUUAAAGAUGAAAUAUGAUCAUUUUUAUAUGAUAUUGAUAUGAAAAGGGAAAACCGUAACGAGGAAGACCUUUCCCUCAAUAUUAAGAGUACAUUUUUGGUGAGCACGAUUUGAAGGUGCCUAGAAACUAGUUUUUCUGUGUCAAAUCCAAAAAAAACAAUCAAAGUUUAUUUUUUUGACCCACUCUAUUGCAUAUAUGAAUAUAUAUAUUAUAAAAUAGACGAAAUAACUUUAUGAUACACAAAAAUGCUUUACAAUAAAUUUUCAUCUACGUA